AUGGCGCUGGGCAUGGGAAAGUAUAUCAUCGGGGGCAAUCGAGGGCUUCUCAGCCCAGAGUCCGAUGAGUCUGGAAAGCUCGAGAAGGUCGGGUCCUCGGUGAGCUCGAACUCGAAAAGGAAUAGAUUCCGCCGGCAUUGCAGGCGAUUCUGGUGCGUCUACCUCAUCGCCAAUGUGAUCUUCUUGGCUAUUUUAUUACCCGUUUUCUUUCUGGUCGCAAUUCCUGCCAUCGCGCAACUUGUUGUCAACAAAUCGGAUCUACGAAUCGUGAAUGCCGAAGUGAUGCACCCAACAGCAGAUACAGUACGAAUGACACUCGAAGCAAAGGUAAACUUGAAGAUUGCACUGGGCGUUCGACUCGAUCCAGUCGUCUUCUACAUCUUUGUGCGCUCCAUCGGCCAUGAGAAUGCAUAUGCAGGAAUUGAGAUCCCCGGGCAAACUAUCAAGGGGAAUUAUUCACUCGGAGUCACCGACCAGUUGACACCAAUCCUCAAUAUGACAUCCUGGGAAACAUUUGUGAACCAAACUGUUUUCCAAAAAGAAACAGCAUUAUCGCUAUAUGGAGUGACCACUGGAUAUCUCGGGGUCCUAAAAAACCACAUUACAUUGGAUAAAGAUGUGGCGAUGCCAACUUUGAACAAGUUCGAAGGCUUCUCCAUCGCAAACAGCACAUUUCUCUUGCCGGCAGAGGACGACGGGUCUAACCUCAUUGCCAAUAUUACACUUCCAAAUCCCUCUGCCCUCAGCUUUGAAGUUGGCACUAUCAAACUUGACCUCAAAAGCGGCAAUACAGACCUAGUCAUCGGCGAAGCAACGGUCAAGGACGUCACUCUUAGACCAGGCAACAACACAUUCCCGUUGAGAGGUGUGGUCGAUAUCGGUACGACGAUCGGUAACCUCAGCGAAGUUCUUACCUCACAGGGCCCUGCCAUCAGGAGAGGCGCACUGAGCCUGACAGCUGUGACUAGAUCAAUUGUAUCCAAUGGCACUCUAAUCCCGUACUAUACAAAGGUCCUCGGGUCACUCCCCCUGGUAGCAAACGUGAGUAUUGGCGAUGUUCUCAGAAACUCGCUCGCUCACCUGGGCUCGAGUGGAACAUUGUCAGACUCCGAUGACAACCGCAGGAGAGGCCCUGUGCAGUUGGACGGCCCAGUUGGAUACGGUGACGCGUAUAGCCAGGUCGCAGGUCUGAAACACAACAGACACGUUCAAAAGAUCUUUGAGGGUGAAGAUCCCGAACGACGAGACGCAAUGAUAGAUUCGCUGGCUCAAUAUUAUGCAUCACUAUGA